AGCACAACCAAGCAGAUCAACAAGACCAUUGCACGAUCCCACCGCAAAGCGCAAGCCCAGCAGGAUCAACCGUCCUCUAACCUGGAAGCUGAAGCGGGGGAGGACAAGGAAACCACCUGGAUCGGCUCCACGUGACCGCCAGACCAAAAUGCGGGGAUGAGAAUGGAGAGUCUCCGCAUUUCCAGUCAACGGCGUGAACGCGAUUACAACUCUUUUUGACUGAUUCGUCUCGUCUUCUGGUUAUAUACUAUAUUCUUUGUGUUGGUGUAACUGGCUUUCUGAUGGCUGUCGACAAGAUCAAUGUGGCGGGUGAUGACCGCGUCCAGUAUCGCUCUGCCGAUGUCAAUGGGAUCCGAUAUGGAUACCUCUACGCUGAGCCCCCGUCGGGGCAAUAUAAAGCUACUGUCUUUCUUAUCCACGGAUUCCCCGACCUCUCCAUUGGAUGGCGCUACCAGAUCCCCAUGCUCCUUGAUAAAGGCUUGCGCGUGGUAGCUCCGGAUUGUCUGGGCUAUGGGCAGACUGAUGCCCCUGAGGACCUCGAGCGCUACGCUCAUAAGCGCCACGCAGACGAUAUAAAAGCGCUGGCUGCCCAACUCGGCGAAUCAAAGAUCAUCGUCGGAGGCCAUGACUGGGGCGCCUCCCUCGCCUACCGCGUCGCCCUCUGGCACCCCGAUCUCGUCUCCCACGUCUUUACAGUCUGCGUGCCGUACGCAUCGCCGACACCGCGCUUCGCUACGAUAGCGGAGAUGGUCGCGCACUCCGCGCCGCACUUCGCCUACCAGUUGCAGUUUAUCAGCGGCGAGGUGGAGCGCGCUUUUACCUCGCGCGAGCAGAUCAAGGCGUUCUUGAACACGCUUUAUGGGGGACGCACGGCUGAGAAGGAGGUUGCGUUUGAUGUUCAGAAGGGGGUGCUUAUGGAUAAGGUGUUUGAUGUGGGAAGGUCGAGGUUGUUGAGUGAGGAGGAACUCGACUACUACGUCUCGCAAUACGCCCGCAACGGUCUUCACGGUCCAUUAAACUGGUACCGCACGCGCCAAAAAAACCACACCGACGAACUCACCCUCCUAAACCGCACAAUAACCGCGCCCGUCCUCUUCAUCCAGGCCCUCCGCGACAGCGCCCUCCCGCCCCACCUCGGCCGCAACAUGGCGAGCAAACUGCCCAGUCUGACCGUUGAAACGGUCGACUCGACACACUGGGCGCUGUGGGAGAAGCCGGCGGAGGUGAAUGCUUUUGUGGGGAGGUGGUUGGAGGAGGUUGUUUUUAGGGAUUUGGAGACGUUUGCUGCUAGGAUUUAGCCUACUUUGCUUACUUGGUCUUUACUUUGAGUGGGAACCUUGGGUUUUGUUGUUGGUUGUGUUUGGGUGGAUGAUGGGACUGGUAGUGGUAGUGGUAGUGGUAUUGUGUACGUGUACUACAUCUGUAGCGUGCUAGAGUAGAUGGUA